CGGACCGUUUCCCUAAAUUAAUUCCCAGCAAAUUUCUCGAGUACGCUUCAAUUCGAACGGUUCGAAAUUGGCACCCAAACCCCCCAAGAAAAUGGCGACUUCCGCCGUAGAUGGUGGUGGUAGUAGUAUUGGCGGAGAAGACAUAAAGUUCAGCGUAAUGGUUAGCCUAUUCCAGUGGAUACAGAAGAGCAAAUCAUCAGCGCAGAAGCGGUCCAAGUUCCGGAAGUUUCUAGACGCCUUCUGCAGGAAGCCUCAGGACAAUUUCGCUGCUAUGCGGCUCAUUCUUCCUGGUCUCGACCGAGAGCGUGGCUCUUAUGGACUCAAAGAGCACGUGCUUGCCACGUGCCUCAUUGAUGCCCUUGCCAUGUCCCGUGACUCCGAUGAUGCCCGGCGUCUCCUCAACUGGCGUAAAGGCGGCCCCAAAACUGGCUCCAAUGCCGGAAACUUCUCUCUUGUCGCCGCCGAGGUCCUCCAGCGCAGACAGGGAAUGGCCUCUGCUGGGCUAACAAUUAAGGAACUAAAUGAAUUCCUUGAUCACUUGGCGUCCAGUGAAAACAGAGCAGAGAAGACUUCAAUUCUGUCUGAUCUCAUCAGGAAAACAAAUGCGCAAGAAAUGAAAUGGAUUAUAAUGAUAAUUCUGAAAGAUCUUAAGUUGGGAAUUAGUGAAAAGAGCAUCUUCCAUGAAUUCCAUCCUGAUGCAGAGGACUUAUUCAAUGUCACAUGCGAUUUAAAACUAGUUUGUGAAAAGUUAAGGGACAGAAGUCAACGGCAUAAACGCCAGGACAUUGAAGUUGGAAAAGCGGUCCGCCCUCAGCUGGCUCUUAGGGUCAGUAAUGCAUCUGCUGCGUGGAAAAAGCUUCAUGGGAAGGAAGUAGUUGUUGAGUGCAAAUUUGACGGGGAUCGUAUCCAGAUUCAUAAAAAUAAUUCUGACCUAAACUUCUUCUCAAGAAACUUUCUUGAUCAUCAAGAGUAUGCUCAUGGAAUGUUAGAUGUUAUUACACAGAAUAUUCUUGUUGACAAGUGCAUACUUGAUGGUGAGAUGCUGGUUUGGGAUGCAUCAAUGAACCGCUUUGCAGAGUUUGGUUCCAAUCAAGAAAUAGCAAAGGCUGCAAGAGAGGGUCUUGAUAGUGAUAGGCAGUUGUGCUACAUUGCAUUCGACAUUCUUUAUGUUGGGGAUACCAGUGUUAUUCACCGAAGCUUGAAGGAACGUCAGGAGAUUCUCCAGGAAGUUGUGAAGCCCAUAAAAGGCCGUUUAGAAAUUUUAGUCCCUAAUGGCGGUCUUAAUGCUCAUCGUCCUUCUGCAGGGGAGCCAUGUUGGUCGAUCAUUGCUCAUAGUGUUGACGAUGUUGAUAAAUUCUUUAAAGAAACUGUUGAGAACAGAGAUGAAGGAAUUGUUUUGAAAGACCUAACUUCAAAAUGGGAACCCAGUGAUCGGAGUGGAAAAUGGCUAAAGUUGAAGCCUGAAUAUGUUCGAGCUGGCUCUGAUUUGGAUGUUCUUAUUAUUGGAGGCUACUAUGGUUCUGGGCGCCAUGGAGGAGAGGUAGCUCAAUUUCUGGUUGGCCUUGCAGAGCGUCCGGCUCCAAAUACAUAUCCCAGAAGGUUCAUUUCUUUUUGCAGAGUGGGCACUGGAGUUUCUGAUGAGGAACGUAAUACUAUAGUAACUCGAUUAAAGCCCUAUUUCAGGAAGUAUGAGUACCCGAAGCAGGCACCACCAGCUUUUUAUCAAGUAACAAAUAAUGCAAAAGAGCGACCAGACGUGUGGGUUGAAAGUCCAGAGAAAUCCAUCAUUGUUUCGAUUACAAGUGACAUUAGAACAAUAAGAACUGAGGUAUUUGCUGCUCCAUACAGCUUGAGAUUUCCACGUAUUGAUCGAGUGAGAUAUGACAAGCCUUGGCAUGAGUGUCUUGAUGUGCAAUCAUUUGUUGACCUGGUACAUUCGAGCAAUGGUACCACACAGAGGGAGGCAGAUUAUGGAAUUGGGCAGGAUCAUGAACCAAAGGCCACCAUUAGGUCGUCAAGAAAACGAGGGAAAAAGAAUGUUUCUGCAGUUCCUUCUCAUUUUGUUCAGACUGACGUGUCUCACAUCAAGGGUAUCAAGUUUCAAGCUGCAAAACUUCAUGGAGAUGUUAUUCACUGCUCUUGGCUCUUUGAUUGCUGUCUGCAAAAGAGGCUCCUUCCUUUACAGCCAAAGUAUUUUCUUUUCCUUUCUGAUUCAACAAAGAGAAAGUUGGAAGCAGAAGUGGAUGAAUAUUCUGAUUCUUUCUACUCUGACCUCAGCGUCAAAGACAUUAGAAAGCUUUUGAGCGACAUAGAACACUCCGAAUACUCCAAAACUGUUGAGUACUACAAGAAAAAGUACUGUCCCAAGGAUAAAUGGGCUCGAUUUCAUGGUUGCUGCAUUUACUUUUUCAUUCCAGAGCAGUGUUUGAAAUAUUCAGAUUGCAAGGCUUUAGUGGAACUCGCUACGAGAAGGAUGAAAGUUGAAAUUUCUGUGGGUGGUGGGAAAGUUGGUGGCAAUCUUUGUCAUGCUACCCAUGUGGUGGUCAUGUCUCUACCAGACUUUGAUGUAAAUUUCAAUGAAGUUUUAAAUAGUUUCUCAGAGGCAGAGAAGCAUGUUUUGUACAAUACAAAGCUGCACGUUGUCAGGGCAAGGUGGUUGGAGGAUUCCUUUAAAGAGGACCAGAAGUUGCACGAGGAUAGUUACAGCCUAAAGCCUAGCAAUUUUCAAAUGUCAAUCUCAGAGAAGAGACAUGAUAAGCUAAGAGGAAAAACCGUAAAGUGCAAAAGAGCAUCUUCCCCUGAUAAUCACGGAGUACAAAUCAAAGCAGAAGGAAUUUCAGACCAGUGCCAAGCCAUCACGCUACCUAAGGGGGAUAGAAAGAGAAAUAGAUUAAGACCUACUGGUACUGCUACAGCAAAAGCAAAACCAGCAAUCAACAUGCCACGGAGAGUUAGACGCAAGGCCACAAAUAGACGUGCUAAGAUUCAUGAAAAUGAAUCCGAUGAAAGUGCCACUUCAGGUGAACACCUUCAUAAUGGUGAGAGUGACGGGGCUGCUGGGACUCGUGGAAGCCAUGAAAAUGUUGCAGAGCAUGGCUCAGGAAUUCAGAAUAAGGAUGUUGCAGAUGAUUUGGAAUUGUCACCACAUGGUGAAACAUUUCUACAAGGCACUUCUGAAUGCAGUAGGAGCCGUGAAAGAUUGGACGAAGCUCACGAAACUUCAUACGGAAGUGGAAAUAUUGCCAGUGGUAAGCUGGAAGACCCUGUUGAUCCAGUCCAAGCUAUGUUAUUGCAUAUGAUACCCCACCUGGAUAGUAAGCCAAGCCAGAGUGUGGACAGUCUUGUAAAAGACGACAAACCAGAGGCAGAUGCUAAUCCUAGUCCUAAAAAGAAAAAGAAAGUUAGCUAUAAAGACGUAGCUGGUGAAUUGCUCAAAGAUUGGUGAAACACUUUAUAUCAUGUAUAUGAUUUACGGCCACACAAAUAUCUAAGACUUUUUUUAGGUCACAAGUGUCAAAAGUUUAACUUUCUUUCUUAAACUUCAUGCCUAGUCAAACAAUGUUUCAUAAGUUGGAACCAUGGGAGUUUUUUUUUUUUUUUUUAAACUGAGAGCAGCUAAUGGGCUGCGGUCACAUGAUAUUUUUGUCUAUGCAUCUUCUCUUCCGAUC